AUGCGAGGUCUCCGCGCACCCAGAUCGCUCCUCCGUGGCGCCAAUGGCAUGAUACAAGCUUCUAGAAGCCAGGCGCAGGCGCCGCUCGCGGCUCGCCUGAUCACAGCGUCUGACGCCCUCGCGCCGACUAGGACGACGACGACCGCAGCCCCCUUCGCGGCACGGCCCUUCUCGCACUCUGCCCCUCUACAGAAGGAGAAGAAGAAGUCUCGGCAGUCCCCGACCUACGACUCGACCGAGAUCGUCUCUCGAACCUCCCACACCGUCGACGAUGCCGACCACGACGACCUCCCCGGCUCCAAGCACCCGAAGCCCGACCCGGCCGACCCCCUAAACUUCGCCGACGUCGCCUCGCGUCUCGCGUCCCUCGCCGCCCACCACACCGAGGUCCUCAAGCUGCUCCAGUCUGGCGACCGCUUCUCCCCGGACGCUAUCGGCGCCCUGACCGUCCAGCCCAGCCGCAAGGACCCGACGACAUACCCCCUCCGCGAGCUAGCCGAGAUCGUGCCCCGGCCCGGUGGCCGUACCGUCUCUCUCCUCCUCCACGAGAAGGACUACGUCAAGCCCGUUAUGGCCGCCGUCCAGGCCUCGCCCGACUUCAACCAGCAGCCGCAGCGCGACCCGGACAACGAGCUCGAGCUCGUCCUCAAGAUCGAGGCGACCAACAAGGACGUCGUCGUCCGCCGGGCCAAGGACGCCGCCCAGGCCUGGCGGGAGAAGAUGCGCACCGUCACGGAGAAGCGCAAGAAACUCCACGCCAAGUGGCAGAAGGACAAGGCCAUCGUGCCCGACCUGAAGAAACGGGCCGACAAGGAGCUGCAGAAGCUGCAGGACAAGGAGAUGAAGGUCGUCGACGCGGCGGAGCAGCAGGCAGUCAAGAAGAUCCAGGGAUGA